GGCGCGUGAGGAUCAGUGUUGUAACAAGGGGCGCCUGCUCGCAGUCUUGUGUUUUUUGAGGAUUACAAACCACCGAGGGACAAACCUAGAAUCUUCACAAGGCUACACUGUCGCGUUUGUGAGCGUGUUGAAUGACGGGAUUGUUCUCCAGUAAGAAUCACCAGACAACUGCAAACAAGAUAAAGCAAAGAGAGAAGCACAAGUGUAGAUGUAUUCUGCCCUGGAUUCCAGAACUUCAGGACUGCUGGCCAUGUGGAGGGAGCAGAGAGAAGAGAUUGGUUCUAGGAUUAGAAUUCUCUGACUGGGGAUCCAGUUCAUCCAUUGAACUUCUCUCGCCUGCAUCAGCUGACUGGAACCCUGUAUUUGGAUUGGUCAGAAGCCCAGAACAUUGCUGAAGGAGGCCAUCUGAAACGGUUCUGAGGGGGUCCAAUCCCCCACCACCACUGCUACCAUCACCUUAACAUCCCCACCCACUGCACCAGUGAGAGCCACAGAAAGUGAACCUGAAGGAACCAGAAAGUGAUCAUUCAGUUGGACCUCUGAGCACGCAAACCACCGGCAUGGUAUCCUGCUGAGGUCCAGUUCCCCGUUUCUGGAGAUGAGACUUAUCCCGGGGCUGCGGCCCCUUCUGCUGCUGGCACUCACCCUGGCCUCCUCCGUCCUCCAGGUGUCCAGUGCAGCCACACCCUUCCCCAAGGACCUGGAGCCAAUCAGCAUCGUUGGCAAGCAGCACUCCUACCUGUACCCCAGCUUCCAGGGCCUCCUGUCUGACAAUGACACCGAGCGGCUGGGCCUGGACUUCCAGAGGAUGCUGCGCAUCAACCACAUGCUUUACAUCGCAGCCAGGGAUCACGUGUUUGCUGUCAAUCUUACCGCCUCUGCUGAGAAAAUCAUGCCACAGCAGAAGCUGACAUGGAAAACAAAAGAUGUGGAGAAGUGCACCGUGAGGGGCAAAAACAGCGAUGAGUGCUACAACUACAUCAAAGUGCUGGUGCCUCGUAACGAUGAGACUCUGUUUGCCUGUGGCACCAACGCCUUCAACCCCACCUGCCGUAACUACAAGAUGUCCACGCUUGAGCAGCAUGGGGAAGAAGUUGUGGGCCAGGCCCGCUGCCCUUUCGAAUCAAGGCAGUCCAACGUGGGCCUGUUUGCUGGCGGUGCCUUCUACUCAGCCACCAUGACAGACUUCCUGGCGAGCGACGCGGUGAUCUAUCGCAGUCUCGGAGAGAGCAGUCCAGUCCUGCGCACCGUGAAGUACGACUCCAAGUGGCUCAGAGAGCCUCAUUUUCUCCAUGCCAUUGAAUAUGGGAAUUAUGUGUAUUUCUUCUUCAGUGAGAUCGCUGUCGAGUACACCACCCUCGGCAAGGUGGUGUUCUCCCGGGUGGCUCGUGUCUGCAAGAACGACAACGGCGGAUCCCCUCGCGUACUUGAGCGCUAUUGGACCUCCUUCCUCAAGGCCCGCCUCAACUGCUCAGUGCCAGGCGACUCAUUCUUUUACUUUGAUGUGCUGCAGUCCCUGACCAAUGUGAUGCAGAUUAACCAGAGGCCCACCGUGCUGGGAGUCUUCACCACACAGGCCAACAGCAUAACAGGCUCUGCAGUGUGUGCCUUCUACAUGGACGACAUCGAGAAGGUCUUCAAUGGAAAGUUCAAAGAACAGAAGAGCAGUGAGCUGGCCUGGACUCCGGUGCCUGAGGACCAGGUGCCUAGACCCAGACCAGGGUCCUGUGCUGGUGACGGCCCUGCUGCCUCUUUCAAGUCCUCCACCACUUUUCCCGAUGACAUGCUGACCUUCAUCAAGUCCUACCCGCUGAUGGAUGAAGCGGUGCCCUCUGUCAAUGACCGGCCCUGCUUCACUCGCACCACGAGCAGGUUCAAACUGACCCAGAUAGCUGUGGACACUGCGGCUGGGCCCUACAAGAAUUACACAGUUCUGUUCCUGGGCUCUGAGGAUGGCAGAGUGCUGAAGGUUCUGGCUAACACCCAUCCCAAUGCCUCCUUCAAGGUCCAGCUCCUGGAGGACAUCGACGUUUACAACCCCACCAAGUGUGAUGCACGUGGGGAGGACCGGAGGGUUCUGGGGCUGGAGCUGGAUAAGGACCAUCACGCCCUGUUUGUGGCCUUCUCCAGCUGCGUGGUCCGCGUACCACUCAGCCGCUGUGCAGAUUACGGCUCCUGUAAGGCGACCUGUCUGUCCUCACGUGACCCCUACUGCAUCUGGCUAAAAAGUGGAAGCUGUGCCACCAUGACACCUGGAUUGAAGGCUGGGCUCGAACAAGAUGUAGAGAAUGGCGACGCACAGUAUCCAGACAGCUGCCAUGACAUCCUGGCUACCACUCGCAAGCAAAACACUGCUGCUGAUUCUGCUUAUGGAAAGACCACACCCACAAGCGCCAGCACAACCAAACACGGGGCGGCUUUCCCAAAGGUGACAGGUGGCUCAGAAAAAGGUACUGGUCCAGAUGACCGCCCUCCUCUUGGGAAACAGGGGUCACCUGACUUGGAGGCGAUCAGUGUGGAGACGGAGGGCGUUCGUCGGCCUCCUGAAGUAGAGAAGUCCAACCACAGUGUCCACUACACCCUCCUGAUUGCCUGUGUGCUGGUUGCCUUUGUAUUGGGUGCAUUUCUGUCUGGGUUUCUGGUCUCCUGUUAUUGCAACCACAAUGUUCAUAAGACUAGGCGUCUUGGCAAGGAUCCCGAGGCACCCAUCCCCCAUGCCCUAUCUCUGCGCAGUCUGGCCAAGCUCAAUGGCCUUCUGGACAGCCAGAACAAGGAUGAGAAGUUAGAGGUGUCCUCACCAAAGCUGUACAACUCUUUCAUCCCCAGCAAGAAGGACCACUCUGUCAGCCGGAACAGCCGGUUUGGAGCUGGGGGGGAACUGCUCCACCCCCACCAUCAUCAUCACCUCCAUCACCACCACCACAAUGCUGAGCUGUCAGGCCUGCCCACCCCUGACUCUACCCCUGAGCUUCCAAUCAAGAGCAUGAAGGCCUUCAAGAACCAAUGGGAGAAGAACCAGAAUUGCAACAAUGCAAAGGAUGGUAAGCCUCAAAAUAUGAGCAGCUCUCGGCCCAGCUCUGCCAUCCCUCAACAGGUUUUCCCAUUCAGCCAUGGGCUGGCCAAUGGGCAUGCCCUAGGGGGUGCUCUCUACCUAGACGAGAGGAAGAUCCCUAACGUUGACCGGAUGAUGAUCCAGCCCUACCCUUGCUACUCACAAAAGGUGAUGGACAUCACGCCCCUGGAUGAGCUCCUUAAGCAUGUUCACGAAGUCAGUGCUGUUGGGGGAAAGAACAUAACCGUUCUGACCUCCGCACUUCCAGCUCCCGGGAGCCAGAUGGUUUUCACCAACCGUGUUCAGCCGCAAAUUCCCGAAACCGAGUCUGCCUCUUACUAUAGCUCGUCCACGUUGCCCAGGGACAGCCUGACACGUCGCCUGGAUGUCCCUCCGGAAAUACCCCCACCGCAAUCCACCCUUGAGAGGGUGUCCCGCCAUCCAUCCCAGAGGAACUCCUUAAUCUCCGCAUCCAAGAUGUCAAACGGAGGGGUUGUGCCACGUCAACACAGCUUUAGUCACCGGAGCGGGCACCAGCCGCCACCCCUGCUGGCCCGGAUGAACUCUACAGGCAGUACCUGUGAGAUCCACCAUCCUCUUAUCCCCAACAGCUACCUGAUACGUCAGCACAGCUACGAGCAGCCCGAAAUGCACAGGGGUGCCGUCGUUCGCCGGACCACCUCCCUCAAGCCAGAUGUUCCACCCAAGCCACUUUUCAUCCCUGCCACCUCCCCUGUCAACCCACAUGGAAAGUUCAACUACUGAGGGGAGGACAGACACAGUAAGCCCUCUCUCCCCAAAAGCCUCCAAGAAAUGUAAUAGAGGGUGAAAGGGGCAAGACAUGACAAUAAACUGACAUUUUAUUUGCAAUCAAAAAACCACACCUGUACUGAAUUAGUUUUGUCCACGUCCAAUGAAUGUCUUUGUACCAUAUUGGUAUUGUUUAACAACUUACUUAUGGAAAGGUGAUGGAAGAAGAAAAAACAGACUGAAGAAAUUGGUCAGAAAUCAGAAACUGAACCGAUUUGGCUACCAAUAGUUCCAAAAUCAAGGUACUACAAACCAUCCCAGAUUACUCAUGAAACUAUCAAGCUAAAAGCCUUGAUUAGAUAAAACAUUGGGCUUGGGCUUGAUAAUGAUCACUCUUAUACAAUGUGCUCGAAGCUUUGUGGUGAUCUGAAGCAGAUGAGCAGCACUGAUCCCCCUUAUAAUGUGUAUAUACAUUAUGCAUGUGUGUGUAUAUAUGUGUGUUUAUAUUUACACAGUAUAUGUAUACAUGCAUAUACACAGUCUGUGUAACCCUUGGAACGGCCGGAUGAAGUCCUUGGAGGCAGCUCUUUCUUUGCCUUAUUUACUCAACAGACUUACACUUGUGGAAUCAUCUAGCUGUCUUACUGACUUCUGUUACCUCCGUAAGAGUUCUCUGAAUGCAUCUGAGCAAUAACCAGCCAGUGGUAUCACACUAUAUUAAAUAUAUUUUCAAGAGAGAGGAAGGCUUCACUUUCAUGAAGCUGAAACAGUCGUGAUUCUUCCCGUGCCAAGCUUUUCUCCAAAACCCUUGAAUGAGAGACUCUGUCUGUGUGGGACAAAUGAGGUCAAGGACACGUAGGUUGACCAAAAUUUAAAAUAGUAUUUUUGCCUUUGCAAAAGGGAGCUCUUCACUGUCCUGCUGUGGAACUGGCCCUGUAACUGGAACUGCUUGUCUGUGAAGACGAGACCGGUCCCACCACCAUACUUUUGAGCAGGACGGUACUUUGAAAAGUUGGUGCUAUUACUUCAUUAACACAGCAGAAGGGUUGAUUCUCCUCCAUUCAAAGUGCAUACCUCGAAAAGAAGGCUUCCCAAAUUAUACGCCACCAAACCAAACCAGAUUUUCAUGAUGGGUUUUAAAACAACUUGAGAUUUGCUUCUCAACAAGGACCCCAGUAAUAUCACAUCAGGUUUUCAAAGCAGAUUACACCCACUUAAGGACAAAUCCUUAAUUUUAAUGUAGUAAAGACUGCUGUGAUUAUAAUUACUAUUAACCUUGUGGCUAUUGGUGUAAAUAAAGGAAUAAUAACUAGCCAAAUUUUAAUUGUAUGUGUAAAUGUGUGCCUUAUUUAAUAUAAUAUGUGCUAUGGGGGUAUAAUGGGAAAAAGUAAAGAAGCUAUUGUGUUUUAUUUUUGUUUUUUAACUUUGUUGUCAAAGUGUGUCAUAGCCAUGUGGAUUUGUAUUUUUAUCCUUUCCCGUUUUGAUAUCCUCAGACCACAGGACAGUGUAAUUAUGUGUUAGGCUGUUAUGAUCAGCUUGAGGCUGCAGGUUCAUUGUUCCUAUUUAUGUUGGUUAUUUGUUGGGAUUCUUAUUUCAGCUUCUGCUGUUCAUUCAUAUUAUCAAUAGCAUGCCAGGAGGUGUAGUCCAUGGACUAAAGAGUGAACGGCUCCUCCCUGCCUGGCUCUACAUUAAAUUGUGUCAUCCCUAAAAUCUCCUUGCAAGUGUUUUGGAAAACAUCUCUCAUUUCACACUUGUACUCCCACUGUCAUUGUAUGAAAUGAGGAAAUGUAAUCUUUUCCCGAUUUAAUUCCAUGGUCACCGCAGGAAGCUCUGAAAUGAACUUGUCUCGCUGCUGAGUGAACACGAGGUGUAGGCGUUGCAUCAGUACUGUAAGUGCAGUGUUUUAGCAUCCAUUUUCCUCUUUAGUGAUUCAGGUGCUUGUAUGCAGGGAGAUGGCACUAGUCGACUCAGCCCUGUGGAUAUCAUUGGUUGUUCUAGCAUUUUCUGCUUUCUAACACUCUGGUCAGGUAUUUUAGGCCUGAGUUUACUGCUUUCAUGUUUAAUACUGAGUCAUGAAAACUAUGUUUUACUUGCCUGGAUCACAGAAGAAUUUCUAUGGAAAGGUGUGCAAGCAACACUUGAAUUCACCUCUAAUUGGCAGCCAAAUGCAGUAAGUGCUAGAAAAAGUCAACAACUCCUGCCUUGUGUUUUUAUGUACAUCCACAGCCCCAGCAUGAAAAUUGAGAUUUUCCAAAAUUAUAUGCAAUACCAGCAGUUAAUGUUUGUGUGUGUAUCAUGAAAAAGCCAAAGGCUUAUUUUCAUUUAAGUUGGAACUCAAUAGAACUAUCACAGAAGACAGAAUGCGCAGCCAACGAUGUGAGUUCAAGUGUGGCUUUGUUUCAUUUCUCCUAGAUUACAUGGGAAAGGGAAUAUAGUCUGUGUCUGCUGUAUCCGCUAUAGCUUUUGAAAUUCUUAGAAUUGCACAGUGUAAAUAAAGAAAAUCUCCGGUCUGAGGUUUUCAAUUUAAAAUUCUUUUUUUUUUUUAUUAUUAUUAUUAUUAAGUGGGCUAUGCCUCUGGAGACAUUUUAAAUUGAGUCUCAUUCAAUACUGUUGUUUGUCCUUUAUGAUUAAAAAUGGAAAUAAAAUGACCUUACAAAUA